CCAGCCCAAGUGCCCAGACCUCCGUGUGCUAUUCUUUUCAUUUGCGGCUGAGGCGUCUGGGCUUUUCAAUCUUCGGGGCCACCAGGGCCUUGCUUGUUGCGAAGCGAGAGCCCGUUAGUCUUGUCCGGUGUCCCUCGUUUCCUUGCUUGUUCCUUGUCCCUGGCCUUGGACUCGAAUGGUAACUUCGGAUUUCUGACCUGAACACCACCUCAGUCCCAUCGAAAAGCCCUCUCUUUUCGCUGAGAAAUCGUGACACCAUUCGAACUCUUUAACCAAACGGGAAAACAAAAACAUCACAAGGUCAAAAAAAUCAGGAAGACAGAACAGAAAGGAAAUGAUGAAUUAGCCCAGACAACGACACUCCAACGAUGUCGCCCUCAGUUUCUGACCUGAAUCAUGGAAGAAGACAGUCGACCCAGCGCCUACCUCAAUGUUCCCAUCACCGACGCUGAGCGCCGUGCUCAAGUUGCUGAGGCGGCCGUCAGAGACGACAGCUCUGAGCGACUGUUGCCAGAAGCCCAACAACCCUCGCCAGAACCCCAGCAACCGUCGUCGGCUCAACUACAAGCACCAGGCCCCAAUCGAUUUCCCUCGAUACACGCUCCCCCAGUAAUAAGACAGUAUGCGCCGAGAUUCUCGCAGAGACCAGAAGUUCGCCAAUAUGUCCCCAUCUCCCCGGUCCCAGAAGAAGACGAGCCCGAAUCCAUCAAACUUCGCCCGCACUCGGCAGUCGCCACGGAUGACGGCUACCUACUCCCUCCUCCGGGACCGGUGCCGGCCUUGUGGACUCCCAUCUGGUUGAAGCAAUGGUUCCUGGGCCUCUUCGCCCUCGUCUUUGCCGCAUUUCUGAUCGUCCUGAUCCUCCUCUGGCACUUUGACGAGCAGAAUGAUGGUUUCCACGUCGAUCAGGGAACGAACCAUUAUGCCUGGGCGUACACGCCUACUGUCAUCGUUGUUAUCGUGGUGGCUGCCUGGAGAAUGGUGGAUCACCAUUCUAAACUGGCCAUGCCGUACGAUGCUCUCCAGGACGGACCGAUCAAACCGUCAGAAAGCCUUUUGGUCGACUAUAUUUCGAAUUUCCAGCUUGUAUCAUUACUCGAAGCGUUCAAAAACAGUCAUUUUGCCGUUAUAGCGUCGAUUACCGGAUUUAUAUUACUAAAAGUUGUCACGGUCUUUGCGACUGGAUUGCUGGUGGCCCUUCCAACACAAGUGGCUCAAAAGAGUGCGACGGUGCACGCCAGAGGUUUCAGCGCGGACUCUUUCGACCCCAACACCGCUCUCAACCCUUCGACUUUCUCGACCCAGCCGGUGUAUGCGUACUAUGGCAGUAUGGCUCAGGGUGUGCCCUUGGAAAAUGGUGUUAGGUUUGAUCUGGCAUACAGUGCCUUGACAGUCAGUUCUGAUACCCCAAUCGGCGACGAUGCGACAAUAUCUGGCGAAGUCGAUGCCUUUGUGCCGACUAUGACAUGCAAAACAUUAAAUGUGCAGUUGGAGAUUCCGCGGAUUGUGAACGACACCAACUCAGCAAGCGCAUUUGCGACUUCGAGCAAUAUCACUUUCACCAUCAACGCAGGCGAUGUGUGCCGCCAACUUUCUUCAGUCAGCGUGCCAGCGGACAACCCAUACACUGAGAUUCUCCCGAAGCGACAGGUCACAGGCACGAUGCAGCAGGUCUUCUGUGGAACCACAAAUGCCAGCGUACCCGAUUCAAAUGGCCCAGAGGGCCUCUUGUUCACAGUCACGGAUAUCAAUUACCAACAGACCCUGUUUGACAACGCCACUGACCUCGCGGGUGGUUCAUUUACCAUUGCAAGUGGUGUUUCCAGGACCCUUAACAAUAUAACGAACGUGUUCUGCAAUCCUUCGUAUUCGAUGACCAGGGCCCAGGUUACGAACAAUACUCGGCUACUCAACAACAACAAUGCCGUAACGGUCGCGUUAAAAGAUGGAGCAAGCAAUAGCACACUCUCAGGAUUUUCGGACUGGAACGCUACCAAUGUCCUGGUGCAAGCUUCGAUUGCUGCACAAGUUCUCUUUGGGGAUACGAUUAAUGACGACACCAUUUCCGACUCGAGCGCCAUAUUUACACUCAUGGCACUAACGCAAGGAUCCCAAAAUAUCGACACUUUAAUCAACCCAGAUACCAUGAUAUCAGCUGCUCGAGACACGUCCAAUGGACUCUUAUCUCAAUAUGCCCAUCAAGUUUUGAGGGCACCAGACAACCCCAGUGUGGAAGGGGGAAAGGUGACUCGUCAAGAACGGAGGCUCCGGGUCAACGAUGUUUCUGUGUGGACGAUGGCUUCGGCAUCUGGAUUACUGUUCCUUUUCUGCAUUGCCUUGAUCUUCAUCGCCCCUAGAGCGGUUGUCCCCCGCGAUCCGAGCUCCAUUGCGGGAGUUGCGACGACUCUGACCCGAAGUACGGAGCUGAAUCGAUUACUGCGCAAGCAGGGCGCACCAAGCCCUGCCAAUCAAAAAUCCGCCCUGGCAGGUUUCGAAUUUGGGACUGCAAUCGCAACGACGGAUUCUGGGACGAGAAGUUUCAAAAUUGUCACGUCGGAAGGCGAGCCAGACGAACCGACCACCAAGCCGAGUAUGGACAUUAAAUGGUGGUUGCCAUUCACUGCAACAUUUCCAGUCUUGACAAUCACCCUGGUUCUGCCCCUGGGCCUUAUUGUGGCGUUGGAGCUCAUUCAGCGACAUUCCGACGAUCACAAUGGGUUUUACACCGUGGCAGACGACAAGUGGACCGAAAUUUACAGCCAUUACAUCCCCGGCCUCGUUAUGCUGGUUUUGGCGGCGCUGGUCAACAUGCUUGAUUUCAAUGUGGCUUUGUUCACUCCGUGGAACAACCUGGCAGAAGGCAAUGCGAUCCACAGGAGAUCAGUCCUCAACAAUAUUCUCGGGAGAUCACCUCCGUUCGCAUUCUUACAGGCUCUGCGGACGCGAAGCCUCGGUGCCAUGUUGAGUAUCGCCGCGGCCACGUUGGCGAGUGUUCUGGCAGUGAUUGCUUCCGGUUUGUACUACGUCCAGCAUUACACAGUUGAUGGGGCGAAUAUUUCGCUCACUCAAGUCGACUCUUUUGACCUGCAGUGGACAAACAGCUUCUCCAAUGACAAUGGCGCGGCGGCCAUCACGAACUUGAUCAUGCACCAGAAUUUCAGCUACCCUCAAUUCACCUAUGAGGGCCUCGUGUUUCCAAAGCUGUCGCUAAAUAACUCCGCUCUGACGAAAGACGCACUCACGACAGUGUCUGGAUCAUCAGCCCACGUGCUUCCGGCUGUCCGCGCAAAUCUCAAAUGCGAUGUGCUUGCCAGCGACUCCUUCUCCUUAUCCACGCAAAAGGCUGGCGCUGACAGCGCAUACGCAACGGACCAAGCAUUCAUCACCGCGAGGGCAGCACUUCCAGACUCGUGCCAGCUCGGCGGCUCCACUGGCACGGAUAACUUUGUGCUCUACCAGAACAACUUCGAACUGCCUCCAGGUGGGAAGGGUACAUUUGCCGGUGCUCAAUUAGAUCUCUUGUUCGGUGAGAAUGCGACAACGUACGGCAACUAUGGCGAAAAUCGUGGUCAAUACAUAAGCGACAAUCCGGCAGUUGGUUGCCCCAGUUUGGCGUUCACAUUCGGCCACUUCCAACUAGAUAACACGGACAGGAGUCAAGUGACCACCAUGGUGUGCUAUCAAGAAAUCCAAGGACUCAAUGCCAAUGUCACACUGCAGCCCAACAGUACGACCAUUGAUUCGAGCCAUCCACCAAUAGUUGUCGGGAGCAGCAUCUUCCUCCACGACAAUCCGCUCAGCAACCACAGUGGCGUGAAGUCAUUCGACUUCCGCAUUCAGAACAACCUUGCUCAAGAAAUGACCGUGUUUAACGGUGAGGGUGGUACACCAGCGUCCAACCCAUCGAGUACAAACACGUUUGACAUCUUCUUCCAGGCCAUUAUCAACGGCUCUGAACCCCAUGAGCCAGCAUCUCUAGCUGGCCCGGACAACCAAGAUGUCCUCAUCGACGCGAUAAACCGAUUUUAUCGGAUUUACAUGGCGCAAGCCAUUUCCACAAACAUGCGCGGACCCUUGAAUAGCCUGAGCACUUCAUCCCGGCUUGCUCGACGCCAAACCUCUUCCACAAUAACCACCCCGACCACGAUUGACACUCCACGCCUCGUCCAAGACAAGGACAGCAAACUGAUCCUACAGAUUCUCCUCGGCAUCAUGACGGCCUUGGCCGCAUCAGCAUGGCUGACCACAAAAUUCCGCCACGUUCUCCCAUGUAAUCCGUGCUCCAUUGCAGGGACUAUGUCCCUCCUUGCGGGCAGCGAUUUGUGCCACAGCACUGACGACGGACUGUGCGAAUGCUGCGGGAAACCUCGUCGACGGUCAUUUGGAUAUGACGCUGGUAACAGACCGGAAUCGAUUCAUGCAGGACCCGACGAGAAUGGCGAGGACGUCGAUGAACGCCAACAGAUCAUUUCCGACGGCGCAGAAUGGAUGCGCGCGUCCCAGUUCGAAACCGUUUUCGGCGGCAAACGCUACAGUAUGGGCUGGUGGCGCGAGCGCCGGCUCAUAGGCAAGAGACGCAGGUUUGGCGUGGACGUUGGAGCUCGCGCCGACGGGGCAGACGACCAAGACUGGGAGCUGGGGGAGAGGAGACCCGAGGGGACUGGAUUUAGUGAUUUCAUGAUGAGGGGCGGGGACAGGGACGGCCGGGGCGAGUAUUCGAGAUUUGGAGGCCGGUCCAGAGGUGCGAGCGUGAGCGGGAGCGGACCGAGCCCGGAGCCUGGGGCGAUGGCCCCGACGAUGGCUAUGCCUCGAGAGCCCUCGCCGGGGGUGUACGUGCCUGAAGCAGGGCGGACGGGCCAGCCGCUCUACCACGACCCGGGGGAACCAAGCCGGUUACCAUUGGCGGGCAGACGAAGUCCUGUCGGCGGUGAAGCAUAGACUGGUCUGAGUCCUGACUCGAUAGAUGCUCACCAGGUGUGGUUUUCUUUCGGUUCUGUUAUUAUUGCAAUGCUGUCUUUUCACCUAUGGGCAGUUUCUCUUUUUUGUUCCAUGUCCAUGACGAUUUCAUGUUUGGUGCUCGGGGUGCUUUGGGUGCGUGGGUGCUUGGUGUUUCGAGGCGAGUGGGGAAAACGAAACCACUUUAUACCCAUACCUAUAUACCAUUGACGCUUUGCCGUGCUCCUUUCUUCAAAUCUCACUGGUUCUUUUUAUCCUACUUAUUUCUUCUCGUGUCUGAAAGAUGGACGGGAUGGAUGGACGGGUGGAUGGAUCAAGGGAGUUGGGUAUAACCCACGCCUCCCUCCGCCACGACAGACUAUAUCAUGUACCAGUUCACAGGUGACGCUAUUUAGAUCAAAUAUUACACCUAUA